UUAAUAAAUGUUUAUUGUAUCAUAUCAAUUCAGUUCAAAAGACAUUUAUUACCUGAUCAUAGUGACCCAUUGUAAAAAUUAAAUUAGUAUCUAGCAAUAAAAAUAUUAUAUUUUAUGAAGUUUAUUAAAGAUUAUUAGAAUUCAAGGAAUAAAGAAAACAAAAAAUAAGAAACCAUGUGCCCAUGGCUGAUUAGCCAAUUCAGAAUACCCGCACUUAGCUUACUUACUACAUCAUUGCAAUGGGAGAACAGAGCAUAGAAGAACAUAGAAGAGGGCGAGGUAGGCCUUACUGUCACAAUACUCAUUGUGAUCUCGCCCAGGUGGAGACUCAGGUGAGAUUAUGGGGAAUUCUGGGAAAUACCAAGGACUUCUGGGGAUUGAAGUCUAGGGUUCAAAUCUCCAUUUUUACACCAUUCAAGGAGUUUCAAAGAUCAAAAAAACAGUCAAUUGCUUUUAGGAAUUUAUAAUCCUAUAAAUGAAUGAACAAAUGAAAAAAAUUUACAAAGCACACAUACUAUGCAAAGCACUGUGCCAGGAAACUGAUUGUUAGCAAUGGGAAGGUAGACAGAAAUGGGCUGCAAAUGCCAGUUGGGGCAGUAGGGGUUUUGAUAUCAAAUCAAAAUUUUGGUAUCAAAGAGAAAUAUCUCCAAUUCUGUGCUUUUAAAAUAUACCAUCUACCAUGUACUAAGUAAUUUGGAAGACUGCAUGUCCUAAAAGAUCCAAGCAACAGCUUUUAGCAGACAGCCUGUCAGAUAGAUGGCAAUAUAUUAUCCAGGUAUUAUCAAAUACAACAUAAUUGGUACAGUGUUGCCACCUUGGCAGCUUCAUAUCCAUUAUGAAAUUUUUUGUCAGCUUUCAGCAAUAUUGAACAACUGCCAUGUGCAAGGCCUUGUGGGUAGACACUGAGAGGAUAAAAUGAAUAAGAGUCCCUGCUUUCAAGUAGUUCAUCAUUUAUAAGGGAAAAACAAAGUAUACACACAAAUACAGUACCUUUUUUAAAAGAUAUUUCUUGAUGAAAAUUAUAUAAUUAUGGUUGUCUGAAAGAACUUCAGAUCAGGAAGGAUCAAAUAGAACUGAUAUUUGCCCUUGGUCUCAAAUGAUGGGUAGUAGUUCAGAAGAGAAAAAAAGUAAAUGAAAUGUGCAAAUGUGUGAAGACCAGCUGGAACAAAGUAUGUUUGAGAAAUGGACAGUAGUUCAGAUUGGGCUAGAACAUAAAAUUAUAGAUUAUAAUCUAAUAUGGAGGGAACAGAGAUUAUACAUAAUUAUAUAUGAAAAAGUUUUGAAUGUGGCUAUUGCAUAAGACAUUUUGGACAGGGUUGGCUGAUUAAUCACAAAUGCAGAACUGAAAUUUUGGACACUUGACAAUAGAUUUGGAAGUCAUACACCUAGAGAUCACGGUUUGGAACAGGCAUCAUCUACAGAGAGGAAAGAACCAAGGACAAAAUCUUGGGGUACCAUUUAUAAUAAGAGGGAUGGCAAUGGAAGAAAAGUCAAUAAAAAAGAGGAUUGUUCAAAGGAAUAUGAAGAAAACCAAUACAUUUCAGUCAUAAAAACCAAAAGAAUGUUUCAGGAAGGGGGGUGGUCAAGAGUGUUAUGUUACGCAGAGAGUUAAUUAAGGAUUAAAGAAAGAGCAUUGGAUUUAAUGAUUAGGAAGAUGCUAGUGUCCUUUGAAGUAGCAGUAUCAGUGAGGUGGUAAGUUAAAGGAUAUGUUGCAGUGGAACAGUGAGGAAACCAAAUCUAAUCAAAGUAUAAAAUUCAGAGAUGAGAAAUAAUGGUAAGGUUGUAAAAGAUCAAAGAUUUUAGAAAGUGAGAGUUCAAAAACUUUAAUGAUCAUCUAGUCCAGUCCAUCCUUCCACAAAAUUGUGAGCUCCUUGAGGACAGUCCUUGUUUCCCAGCCCCUAACUCUGUGAAUUACACAUAAUAUGUCAACUUAGUGAAUGUUGAAUGAGGUUAGGUCAUAGCAUUAAGUAGGAGAACUGAACAAGAACCCAGGUCUACAGACUAGAUGUGGAAUAAAGAAGACUAUUCUUUAACUCAUCUCUUCCUGUGCUACAUUCUUUUCUAUCUUUUCUUUAUCUCGAGACCCCUAGACAUACUUCAUCUUUUCCUUUGCUUCAGCCUCCAUCCUCUCUUCUGGUGCCCUUGAUCUCAUUCCUUCUGGUUGCCAACAGGUUUUCCCCACAGUCAUCACCUUUAUAAUUUACCACUUCUUAUUGACUCAUUCUAUAGCCAACAAUUAUGCUUAAGUCUUUUCCAUCAUUAAAAUGCCUUCCCUUGAUCCUAUUAUCUCUUGAAACUAUUGUCAUAGGACCAAUGAUUUAUAUUUGGAUUGGAUCUUAAAAGCCACUUAGUCCAAAUACCUCCAUUUAUAGAGAAACAACCUAUGAUAUGAUCCAAAGGUUAGAGAGCAAGAUUCCAAUCCAUCACCCUUUUCAUUGUUUCUUGAUGCCUCCCUUUUCUCAGCCAGAUUCCCAAGAAUAGCUACUUAGAGUAUACAUGUUGCCUUGACUUUCUUCUUAUUCAAUUCUCAGUUUCUUGAAGUCUGAUUCCUUACCUCAUUACUCCAACUGCUUUCUCCAAUAUUACUCAUUACCUCCCAAAUGCCAAAUCCUUCUCUCAAUUCUCAUUCAUACAGCAUUUGACUUUGCUUAUCACUCCUUUCUGGAUACUGUCUUCCUGAGUUUUCAUGACCCAUCUCAGUUGGUUCUCCUAUUAUACAGAUACCUACCAGAUACACACAAACACAGAAUUUCAGAUCUAUAAUGUCUAGUCUUUCUCUUGAAUUCUAUAAUCUCAUCCCCCUUCAGGCCCUCCUGUCUAGUUUCUCUUAAUUUGGAGAGCACUCGCUUCUACUCACACAGGUUCCCAACCUUGAAAUCACUUAAUUCUUCCCUUUCACACCCCAGAACCAGUCUUUUGUUGUAUCUGAUUGAUUCUGCCUCUAUCAUUCCACUUUCUUCACUCACAGUUUACAACCUUAGUUGUCAGAUUCAAUGGACUUUUCUCCCAAAUAUGUCCUUUCUCUUUGGUUCUCUUGGUCAUUCUGGUAGUUUUAGCUUUUUUAAUCACUCACUACACUACUGAAAUCAAUGUUUAACAUAAUUUUUUUCUGGUCAAUCCAUUUAGCAUACAAGCGAUGGAUUAAUCUUACUGUCACUUUGAUCACAUUACUCUUUCUAAAUAAAAUUCAGACACAGGCCUGGUGUUCAAGAUCCUUCACUAUCAGUAACCUAACUUUCCAGCCUUAGGUCACUUUCUACCUCAAAUGUACCCCCUAUUCCAACCAAAUUGGUCUGACUCUAUCACAGGAAAACUGAUGCCUAUGUAGGAGAGGGAAUGCCCUCGUGAAAGAAGUCUUGCAAGAAAAGAAAUUUGUGUUGCCUUUAAAUCAUCCCUAACCCCAGGCAAAGAAUUUCUUACUUUGGUUCCCUUGCCCUCCCUUGAAGUACCUGGCAUGAUAUUGCAAUACUUUUCUGUAACGUUUUGAAGAACCCCAUACUUGUUUUAACAAGCCCUGAAAGCAGCCAGACAUCAAAAUCCCUUGAGGGCCUGGAGUUCUUGGAAUAAUGGAAAUUUAGGGAAUCUUGUAUUUGCUAUGUGACUGACAGGCCAAAACCUCUCUGGCCCAGAGUUUCACGUAUCUGUAAAAUGGGAAAAUUGAAUUAAACAUCUGCUGCGAAUAAGUCCCGGUUCACGGAUGCAGGAGACAACCAUGGAGGGAGCCCGGGAAAAGUCAGAAGCCGCACAAGUCUUGCCGUUGCUUAUUUAGGGAAUAGGGACGAUAUCUUUUUGGUCUCAACAAUGUCUAAUCCGCAUGCGCCCCUCAGGUUGGAGGGUUUGUGUGGACGCUUGACCACUAUUGGGCAAUGACGGUGAGCCUUUCCUGGCAGAAAUCGAAGCAAAACACCGCCAUCUUGGGUAAGGUCAGCAGCGUGGGGCACCUCCUGCCCGAAACCGAAAAGCAGUGAAGCUUGAACGCCGCCAUCUUUUCUGAGGGCACAUUUCUAGCUCUUCCCCCGUCCCCCUCAUUUAGAUGUCCACUUCCAGCCCAGAGGGAACUGGGUAACAUGCCGCCGGCUUCUCAAGGCCUAGAGCACAAACGGUGGUCUGGUAAACAUUUCCGGCCCCCACAGUUCCUCCCAGUCCUGCGUGGGCGGGGCCAGGGCUGCCCGAGAUAGCUGAGGCCAAAGAGACUCCCCCUGCCCGUCUGUGCCGCGGAGUAUGAGCGGGUCCGGGCAGGGGGCUAGGGUCCUCGUGAGCUUCGCUGAUGUGGCCGUGUACUUCUCCCCAGAGGAGUGGGGGCGACUGCGCCCAGAGCAGAGAGCCCUCUACAGGGACGUUAUGCGGGAGACCUACGGCCACCUGGGCGCGCUGGGUUUUCCAGGCCCCAAACCAGCGCUCAUCUCCUGGAUGGAAGAAGCAGCCUGGGACUCUGAGGCCAGCUUUCCUGAGGGUGAAAAGGAGAAGCGAGCAAUAAACUUUGGAGCAGGAUCUAAGAACAAGAACAAAGAGAAUAGAAAGAUGCUUGGAACUGAGGAAGAACCUGUGAUCAAGAGACUGGAAGAUGUUGGACAGCCCCCAAUUGGGACCUUGGAACACAAGGAACAGCCAGCAAAGCUUCCCUCAGCUCCCCAUAGGGGCCACCCUCCAUCAAGUCGAAGUUUCUGUGUCUACCCUCCAGCUUCUCCCACCAACAAACGCCAUGGCUGCACCAUAUGUGGGAAGCAUUUUGCCUGGCGCUCCACCCUGGUGGAGCACAUAUAUACCCACACUGGUGAGAAGCCCUUUCGUUGUCCUGACUGUGACAAAGGUUUCAGCCAGGCCUCUUCACUGAGCAAGCAUCGAGCCAUCCAUCGAGGGGAACGGCCUCAUCAGUGCCCUGACUGUGGCAGGGCCUUUACUCAGCGCUCAGCCCUUACUACUCACCUCCGAGUUCACACUGGUGAGAAACCCUACCAGUGUGCUGACUGUGGCCGAUGCUUCAGCCAGAGUUCAGCCCUGUCACAGCAUAAUCGGGUCCACAGUGGUGAGACACCCUUUCCCUGUGCCGACUGUGGCCGUGCCUUUGCCCAUGCCUCAGACCUAAGGCGUCACCAGCGUACCCAUACAGGUGAAAAACCAUUCCCCUGUCCUGAUUGUGGACGUUCUUUCCGGCAGAGUUCAGAAAUGGUUGCUCACAGACGAACCCACAGUGGGGAGCGGCCCUAUCCCUGUCCAGAAUGUGGGAGAAGAUUCAGCCAGAAGUCAGCUGUAGCGAAACAUCAGUGGAUCCAUCGGCCUGGUGCCAGGGGCAGGAGAGGCCAGUUGGCUGAGGUACUACCUAUGCAACUUGCCUCUGUCCAGGGAGAUUUAGAUCCCCCAGUGGGGUUCCAGCACUACCCAGAGAUCUUCCAGGAGUGUGGGUCUCUGGCGAUUCUGAGUGCCACCAAAUAUGACGCUUCAACAGCUGCCACAUUGUGUUUGUGGCCUGUGCUGCCCCCGCUACUGGAGGACACCAAGGACGAGGACCUCCUGCCCGGCCCAGAAGGAUGCCACUCCACAUCCAUCUCCACCACCAUGCCCUCCUCUCCGUACUCUUCUUCCUCCACCCCGUCCUCCUCAGCCUUGAAGCCUUGGUUGUCCCUGCUCCACGCCUGGCAGGAGCACGAAGACAGCGGUGACGGGGUGGAUCCAGCAGGAGGCAGCCUGAGGCAGUCGGGGGGCUCCGCUGACCGCCCCGCCGCUCCUGAGCCCCGCUGGAAAGCCGGGAUUGGAGCGUCGCGGAGACCCCGCCGGCCUGGACGGAGGCGGAGGUUGAUCUCUGUACCGGAGCCGAGGCACGAGCCCAUAGGGCUGGCCCUCCUCGUCGUCACCAGAAUCCGAGAGCAGCUGCUCCGGAGCUCCCAGGCACGCUUGCACGGAGCGAGAGGCCAGCAGACGGACCGACAGCCAGCCGAGGCCCUGGUUCGGAGAAUCUGGGCUACUAUCUUCACCCAGUCCGCCACCCCUGCGGCAGCUGUUGCUAGCGGCAGCGGCGCCGGCCUAGCGGGGAGCUGGCGGCUCGCGGACACUUCCUGUGCAGGGGGCGGGGGGAGGGGGCUGGGCAGCCGCAGCCCAGCAAGGGGCUGGGGAGCCGGGCCACCGACACCUGGGUCCCAGGAAGGGUGUCUAGGGGUCGAGGACCGACGAUCCUCGGUCCCAGGCCACCUUGAGUCUGGGAGGGGACAGGGCUGUGGGAGGAAAGAGGGAGCUGGAGGGAGGAGGGGGGCGGGGUUCGGGGUGGGGGGAAAGAGCUGGAGGCCUGGGGUCAAGACAUCUGGAUUCUGGGAAGGGGAGCUGGGCCCCACAGCCGCGCGCACGCACACGCUCCCCAGCGAAACCCGGUCUGCCGGGAGCCCGCUGCUCAGAGGCUUCCCUCGGCUCCUGAUUUCUAAGAUGGAGCAAGAGGCCGAGCCGUGGGGCCUAGAUCCCCAGAGUCCUGAGGACACGGAGAGUCAGAGAGGCACCCCUACAGGCAGUGAAUGCGGCAGACAGGAGAGUGUGAGUGAUAAUGAAGAAGAGACUCCUCAUCAGGAAGACUCUGAGAAUGAAGAUGUUGAAGAGAUACCCUUUGGAGUUGAACCUCAGAGUCCAGGCUUUGAUGAAAUUCCCGAGAUGCCCCCAAGCCCUGAGGAAAAGGAUCCUCUUGAUCUCUCUUUGGAGGAUGACCCCCUAGACUCUUAUACUGAAGGGUAUGAGGAUCAACCCGCUAGGGACCUGCCAUUGGGCACCACCUUUGAGAUGCCCUCAGGGACUCUGCUUGCUGACCCCCGGUUUGAAAUACUUCAGGAGAACCCUCUCAACCUCUCAGAGGCCAUCCGAACCCAAUCUAGGCGUGGGGGAGGGCCUCGAAGUCAAGGUAGGCAGCCCCCACGUCCCAAUAUCUGUGGCAUCUGUGGGAAGAGCUUCGGGAGAGGCUCCACCCUGAUUCAACACCAGCGCAUCCACACAGGAGAAAAACCUUACAAGUGUGAAGUCUGUGGCAAAGCCUUCUCACAAAGCUCUGAUCUCAUCAAGCAUCAGCGCACACACACAGGUGAACGGCCAUAUAAAUGCCCCCGUUGUGGCAAGGCCUUUGCUGACAGCUCCUACCUGCUCCGCCACCAGCGGACCCACACAGGCCAGAAGCCCUAUAAGUGCCCACACUGUGGCAAGGCCUUUGGCGACAGCUCCUACCUCUUGCGCCAUCAGCGCACCCAUAGCCAUGAGCGACCCUACAGUUGCCCCGAUUGUGGCAAGUGCUACAGCCAGAACUCAUCCCUUCGAAGCCACCAGCGUGUCCACACAGGCCAGAGGCCCUACAGCUGUGGCAUAUGUGGCAAGUCCUUCUCACAGCGCUCAGCCCUUACCCCUCAUGCCCGAAGCCACACCCGAGAGAAGCCCUUCAAGUGCCCUGAGUGCGGGAAACGAUUUGGCCAGAGCUCUGUGCUUGCCAUUCAUGCCCGAACCCACUUACCUGGCCGAACCUAUAGCUGCCCUGACUGUGGUAAAACCUUUAAUCGAUCAUCCACCCUGAUUCAGCACCAGCGCUCCCAUACAGGUGAACGGCCCUAUAAGUGUGCUAUCUGUGGAAAGGGCUUUUGCCGCUCCUCCACCCUCCUACAGCACCACCGAGUCCAUAGUGGUGAAAGACCCUACAAGUGUGAUGACUGUGGCAAGGCCUUCUCACAGAGCUCCGACCUCAUUCGCCACCAACGGACGCAUGCAGCUGGGAGGCGCUAA